AUGGGUGGUGAUAUUGAGCAAGUUAAUGGUGAUUAUAUACAAAGACUUCAAUCAUCAGUUGGGACAUCAUCAUCUUCUCUUUCUAAACAACAGCAGUCCAUUCCAAUAAAUCAACUAGACAUACCACAGUUGAACGCUCUGCAAUCUCGUGGUCAGAUGCGUCAAUUCUCUCCCAAUUUUGGUGUUGAGAAUAGUAGUAAGAGGGUUGGGAUACCACCUUCUCAUCCGCAAAUGCCCCGUAGUUCGCCUUACUCGCAGAUCCCUGGAACCCAUCACCAGUAUUCGCAACAGGGUCAGCAGAAUCUUAGUCCUAGUCCGGGGCAGUCACACUCGCGAUCUUUGUCCCAACCUUCAUUUUUCUCCCUCGAUUCCUUGCCUCCUUUGAGCCCUUUGCCUUAUCAGGAAUCACUGUCCUCUUCAUUGGCGGACCAAGUGUCUGGUGAUAUUUCAAUGGAGGAGAGGGAUGCUAAUUCACAUUCGUUAUUGCCUCCCUCACCUUUCACAAGAGGUAGUGCGUCAAGGGCAGCGGAGACUGUGCUUCCACGUAAGGCACACAGAAGGUCCAAUAGUGAUAUCCCAUUUGGAAUUUCUACUUUGACGCAACCUCAGUUGUCAUCUAAUCCGCCGUGGAAUCCUGGUGCUUUUGAGAAGUCAGCAUCCACAAGAGAGAAUUUAGGGGCUAAGCCAGUGCAGCUUGUUAAACGUGAGUCUUGUUGGGAGAAACAUGUUGACAGCAAUGCAGAAGGGAUGGGGGAGAGGAAAUCUGAAGGGGAAGUUGUGGAUGACCUGUUUUCUGCCUACAUGAAUUUAGAUAACAUUGAUACAUUGAACUCAUCUGGUACUGACGAGAAACUGGGUAAUGAGAAUCGAGAAGAGGACAGCAGAGCGAGUGGUACAAAGAUGACUGGGGGUGAUAGCAGUGAUAAUGAAGCCACAAGCAGUGUAAAUGAGAGUGGCAAUAAUAUGUGGAAGCAAGGAAUAUCUUCACUGACUGAGAAAAGGGAAGGAAUCAAAAGGAGUUCUGGAGGAGAUAUCGCUCCCGCCACCAGGCACUGCAGGAGUCUCUCCAUGGAUAGCUUAAUAGGGAACAUGAACUUUACUGAUGAGUCACCAAGAUUGCCUCCAUCUCCUGGAACACGCCUGGGACAACUCUCACCAACCAAUUCAAUUGAUGCAAACUUUAACUUGGAGUUUGGGAAUGGUGAGUUUAAUGGGGCUGAGAUCAAGAAGAUUAUGGAAAAUGAAAAACUUGCAGAAAUUGCUUUAUCUGAUCCCAAGCGAGCGAAAAGAAUCUUGGCAAACCGUCAAUCUGCUGCUCGUUCAAAGGAGCGCAAGAUGAGAUACAUUGCUGAGCUGGAACACAAGGUCCAAACUUUACAGACUGAAGCAACAACAUUGUCGGCCCAGCUUACUUCGCUGCAGCGGGACUCUGCUGGACUGACGAGCUACAACAAUGAGCUGAAAUUUCGUCUGCAAGCUAUGGAACAACAGGCUCAACUACGUGAUGCACUUAAUGAAGCAUUAACAGCUGAGGUGCAACGCUUGAAGCUUGCUUCUGCUGAACUGAGCGGAGAUCAUUCCAAGUUUCAACAACUUUCGAUUAACCCCCAGCAGUUCCAGUUAUACCAGCAGGAGGCAACUCGACAGAACAUACAGCAACAGUCUCAGCUGCAGCCUCGGCCUCAGCAACAGAGUGGCAGUACAUCUGCUCAGCAGGAAUCGAAGCAGUAG